CUAUCCGUAUGGGUGUGGAUGAGACACAACUCGUGGCACUCAUAAGGGAUGCCUUAAAUCGUAAACAUAGACAACACGCAGGUGCUCUUGAAAUAGCCAAAACUCCGAACAGACCAAUGAUAAGGAUCGGUGGGUGACUUAUAACUGGUCGCUAUUUUUUCAUACCAUUCCCCUAUACAUACAAGACAUGCAACUCAUUAGACCAUUUUCGGAUCAAUUCAAUAGCACCACAUCCCUGGCCACUACACCAUCGGCUACAAGUGCGACAGUACAGCACUGGUACCACUGAUGACCAGUUCACACAUUUAGACCAACGGACAGGCGAUCCAAAAAUGGUUGACAUCAGUGGUAAACCCGUGUCAGUGCGGAUAGCCUGCGCUGUUGGCAGGGUAUGGGUGGGCGCCCCUGUAUGUCAGUUAAUACGGGAUAAUGCGGUCAAAAAGGGGAACGUCUUAACGGUGGCCCAAAUCGCG